AAAGAAACAACGGCUAAAGUUACAGGAGUCUCACACAGACUGUCUGCAAACUUUACUUUGCACAGCAGCUCUCUCUGUUUUUCUUUCUCACUGUUUGUCUGUUUCUGACCUUGAAAACGCUUCAUCAGAUGUUGGAUGUGCUGAUAGUUGGAGCAGGACCUCAUGCUCUCAUAUUGGCUACCCUGCUUAUGAACCCCAAUCAACAUGUCAACACCUCCAGUCCAGAAAUCCUCCAGGGGGUACAGCUGAGCAAGACAAAUCCCAAGACUGGACAGACCAAGAGCAAGAAUAGAUCUGUUGAUACACUGUCUGAACUACACAAAGACCCAAAAUGUCCAGCAUGUCCUCCUUUGAUUUUCAAGGUGGUGGAUUCUUAUGGAGAAUGGGCUUCCCUGUGGGAGAGCCAGUUCACAACACUCAACAUCCCUCACCUUCGCUCACACAUGCUGGUGCACACUAACCCUCUUAAUAAGAAAGCCUUACAAGAGUUUGUGCUGGCAGAGGAUCGUCUAGCUGAACUUCACUCGCUCCCUGAGAAGGUCUACAUUCAGGACAAGAAUGCAUUCUUUAAUGAUGGACGCCUUGGAAAGCAAAACAGCAAGCUUCUCAGUGCUGCUAAAGGCCUGCAGAAAAACUUAUAUUUUAGUUUGCCGGGGACUCAGCUCAGUGUGGACUUCUUCAAGGAUCAGGUGUGCCGUUACAACCUGGACCAUGUCCUUAUCAAAGGCACUGUGGACAGAAUUACUCCAUUACUUUCUGGAAAAGAAAAGAAGGUAGAAUUCUUUCAAGUGACUCUGGACACCGGGGACACUCUUGAGGCCAAAAGAGUGGUGUUAGCCACAGGACCCACCAGAGAACAGAUGGCAAAUAUCCCUCCAUGGGUAAGAGCAAUCACAGAGAGCUACCCUGAAGAGAGGUUGCAGCACACAGUGGAACUGAUGCACCACCUCGCUCAACAUAAAUCUGAAGGCAGUCGCUUUACAGGUCCACCUGCUGUAUGCCACAGGAACCAGAGGGUCAUGGUGAUUGGUGGAGGUCUGAGCAGUGCCCACAUUAUCUCCAUGGCUCUGCAACAAGGUGCAAAUGAAGUGACCUGGGUCUUGCGGAAACAUGUACAGCUUAAGCAGUUCGAUGUUGGAGAUGUAGAGAGUCUGAUUGGCCGUUACUCACACAUUGAGCAUGGCAUCAAGCUGGAUGGCCUGGCCUACCUGCGGCAGUUCUAUGGAGAAAGGAGCCUACACAGGAGGCUAGCAAUGAUUAAACAGGCACGUAAAGGGGGAGCUGUGACUCCAGAGGCUUAUGCACAGCUGCAGCCUUUCAUUCAGUCAGGGCAGCUGCUUGUCAAGGCGUAUUGCCAGGUGACUGAAGCAGUUUGGUGCUAUGAAACUCAGAAGUGGAAGGUUUUCCUGGAUGAUAAUGGUGAAAAAUGGACUGGUGACAGGAUUUGGCUUGCAACUGGCUGCAAGCUAGAUGUUAAUCAAGACCCCUUACUCUCAGACAUCAAGAAGCAUUUCCCAGUUCAGGUGCUUGAAGGAUGGCCAUGUAUCUCAGAGACUCUCCAGUGGGCUCCUGCAUGUCCAGUUUACUUGAUGGGGCAAUAUGCAGCACUUCAGGUCGGUCCCCAUGCUGUGAACCUUGCAGGGGGUCAGGCAGCAGCUUUCCGCAUUGCCAAGGAUAUCAUAGAUGAACAUAGCAGGAAAAAAAAGAACACAGAAAACAACAAAGUUGAAAAGACACAAACUGAGGAGUACAUUUCCCACAUGCAUGGCCUUAUGUGGCUAUGAUGCUUCUUUCACAUGUUUUUGCACUAGAAAACAUGCUGGCAUUUCAUUUCAAGGCAAGUUAAAAAAAAAAAAAGAAGAAAAAAAAAAAUUCAAGGCAAGUUUGCACUGUACAUGAUUGUAAUAUCUGGCCAGAAUUAUGUACCAUGGCCAUGCUUGGACACUGUGCCAAUAUUCAUAUUUCGAUGGUAUGUACAUGCAAUUAAUAAGUUUGUUCAGUCCUUGUCUUAUAGUAGCAUCCUGCAUUGACUCGCCUUCCAGACAGAUGUAGUGUACUAGUUAAACUAGUAUUGAACAUAAUGGAAUUAACUUUGAGCCACUCAUAUCGCAGCAUCACAAUGCUUAAAGUUACGCAAAUACAUAUCAAGCUGUGUGUAAUGAUAGCAAAGCCUCUUAAAUGCAUCAGAAAAAGGUUCAUUUAAACACAUUGUCCACUAGUGACACCUGGUGGUCAAAGGGAUAAAGGAUUAUCUAUUGAAGUAUUAAAUGCAUGAUAACAAGAAGCAAUGCUGUGCAUUACUUAAUAAAGCAUAAGAACUCCCUGUGUAUAGUAUUUCAUGGUAUAGGCAAAUCAAAGGCCUUACAUAUAACACAAUAAUAAUAAUAAUAAUAAUAAUAAUAAUAAUAAUAAUAAUACAAAUGUCAUAAACAAAUAUAUGAUAUGAAUUUUCCCAGCUUCAGAAAGUUUUAUGGUUGGUUUCAUAACUACAGAUUAUAUUUUUAUCAAUAACUGUUUAACUAAACUAC